AUGAAAGAGUUAGUGAAGGAAAUUAAAGAAGCAACAGAUUUUAAAUGGUUUCCGAAAUCGAAACCUCAACUGGUAGGAUAUCAGUAUCCAGUAACUGAUGCUAAGUCAUAUACUUCGCGACAGCUAAGCAAUCAGAGAAACCGAAAAACACAUUCUAUUGCUCGGCAAUUGAAGCAAAUUACUAACAAAAUUUAUCGCUGUAUUCUGAUUUAUCUGGAAAGCCUGAUCUGUUUCUUAGUGCAACCUGUACCAUUACCUAGUCAAUCUAUACUACCUAUAGUACCAUUAUCAACAUCAAUGUUAUUACAACCAACAUCACCAUCAUUACGAAUACCAUGUAAACAACAACAACACCGUUUUCCUCAAUUUUCAUUACAAUUACGAACCAAACGAAAUUGUAAAAUAACUUAUACCAGAAAAUGGUUUAACAAAGGUCAACUACGAUCAAAGGCUACAUCAAUUAAAGAAAGCAACUCAAAUGAACGAAUCAUUUAUGUACCUAUUAUGAAUAAUUGCAGCACACGUACAGUACGUCCUAAGAACUAUUCUUUGGAACGAUUUGCUGUCGAAUGCUUUACGAGAAAGUGA